AUGGAGACCCUACACGACAAUACAGACCCCCUACCGUGGCUUUGGGAAGAUCCAUAUCUUGUUCCCCUGGACUUUCCUACUUUUGGUGCAUCCCUCGACACUGGCGUCCCCUUGCUGCCACAGUCAGAAGGAGCCAUUCACCAACAACCCGAACAAAGCAGCCAGUGGGAUGGCGGCGACCCUACUCUUAUCGAUUUCAAUUUUUUGUCGCCUAAUCUGGGUUCUUUCCCCGAUUUCGACUUCAGCAUGUGUCUGGCGCAGAUCGGCAUGGAAAGUUCACAUUCUGUAUGGACGGCUUCUGCCUACACAGACUCGAUCGCCUGUCCGUCCAUUACAUCAGAUGUCUCGUCUUUGUCACCGAGCCAGAUGUCGAUGACCAUGUCAACGCCGCCGUCCUUCUUGCCAUUUACUCCGAGACCCUUGGCUCCACUACAGCACUGUGAGUCCUUUGAGUUAGCAAAUGGUCAAGGAGACCGCACAGUUCAAGUUGCAGAAAAUCCAAGGGUGAAUCCCACCACGGCGUUUCCUAGCCCCCCACAAACGUCUACUAGGCCUCGCAACUCCCGUCGACGACGUGACCCUUCCUUCAUCCCGGCGCGCCAGAUCCGACAGCUCGAGAAGCCUGAAAAGUGUCCAAUUUGCCAAAAGGGCCAUCAAUACCGAUCAGAUGUAAAAAAGCACAUUGCGUCCCGCCACAAAGACAGAGCUCACGAGUUUGGGAUCUCGAUCGCUCUAUUCCCUUGCCCAGUAUCAGGGUGCUCUCAAACAUUUGCUGUCUCGAGGCCAGAUCAUGCUUUGCGCCAUAUCCGAAGAAAGCACAAGGACCAUGAUGGAAACACCAAAGCAGUUCGCGGGGGGAAGAAGUAG